AUGGAGUCCCCGGUCCAGAUCUUCCGUGGGGAGCCAGGCCCUACCUGUGCCCCGAGUGCUUGCCGACUCCCCAACAGCAGCGCUUGGGUCCCUAACUGGGUAGAAUCGGAAAGCAACGGCAGUAUGGGCUCAGAGGACCAGCAGCUGGAGACUGCACACAUCUCCCCGGCCAUCCCUGUCAUCAUCACCGCUGUCUACUCUGUAGUGUUCGUGGUGGGCUUGGUGGGCAAUUCGCUGGUCAUGUUUGUCAUCAUUCGAUACACGAAGAUGAAGACAGCAACCAACAUCUACAUAUUUAACCUGGCUUUGGCAGAUGCCUUGGUUACUACCACCAUGCCCUUCCAGAGUGCUGUGUACUUGAUGAAUUCCUGGCCUUUUGGAGAUGUUCUGUGCAAAAUUGUCAUUUCCAUAGACUACUACAACAUGUUUACCAGCAUAUUCACCUUGACCAUGAUGAGUGUGGACCGCUACAUCGCUGUGUGUCACCCUGUGAAAGCUUUGGAUUUCCGCACACCUUUGAAAGCAAAGGUCAUCAAUAUUUGCAUUUGGCUCUUGUCAUCAUCUGUUGGCAUAUCAGCAAUAGUACUUGGAGGCACCAAAGUUAGAGAAGAUAUGGAUGGCAUUGAGUGCUCCUUGCAGUUUCCUGAUGAUGACUAUUCCUGGUGGGACCUCUUCAUGAAGAUCUGUGUUUUCAUCUUUGCCUUCGUGAUCCCCGUCCUCAUCAUCAUUGUCUGCUACACCCUAAUGAUCCUUCGCCUGAAGAGUGUCCGGCUCCUCUCUGGCUCCCGAGAGAAGGACCGAAAUCUCCGCAGGAUCACCAAGCUGGUGCUGGUAGUAGUGGCAGUCUUCAUCAUCUGUUGGACCCCCAUUCACAUCUUCAUCCUGGUAGAGGCUCUGGGCAGCACCUCCCACAGCACAGCUGCCCUCUCCAGCUAUUACUUCUGUAUUGCCUUGGGUUAUACCAACAGCAGCCUGAAUCCUGUCCUUUAUGCCUUCCUUGAUGAAAACUUCAAGAGGUGUUUUAGGGACUUCUGCUUCCCUAUUAAGAUGCGAAUGGAGCGAAAGAGCACCAACAGAGUUAGAAACACAGUUCAGGAUCCUGCUUCCAUAAGGGAAGUGGAUGGGAUGAAUAAGCCAGUAUGACUAGUCGUGGAGAUGUCUUCUUACAGCUCUCUAGGUAGAGAAGAGUUCAAUGA